UCCGUUGGAGUACCAGCUGAAGCGGGUCCUUUCCUUUGUUUAAUUUAAAUAAGUGGCUUAUUUGUUCAAUUUGUGUCCCAUUCAUAACAUCACAAGAUGGUUGGAAAAAUGAAUAAGCUAUAUGUUCAUAAAAGAGGUGGGAGGGUGGAGGAGGUUCAUAUUGAUAAGAUAACAUCGAGGAUCAAGAAGCUCUGUUAUGGACUGAAUAUGGAUUUUGUGGAUCCUGUCUCCAUAACCCUGAAAGUUAUAGGCGGCAUAUACUCUGGUGUGACCACCGUGGAGUUGGACAACCUGGCGGCCGAGACUGCAGCCACCAUGACCACUGACCACCCCGACUAUGCUGUGCUCGCCGCUCGACUGGCGAUCUCUAACCUGCACAAGGAAACCAGGAAACACUUCUCAGAUGUGAUAAUUGACUUGUACAACAUCAUCAACCCUCACACCAAGAAACGGACGCCAAUGAUUUCAGACUUUCACUAUGAAAUUGUAAUGAAGCAUAAGGAGCGCCUGGAUUCCGCCAUUGUCUAUGACAGGGAUUUCAAAUAUAACUAUUUUGGCUUUAAAACCCUGGAAAGAUCAUAUCUCUUGAAGAUAAACAACAAGGUGGCAGAGAGGCCCCAACACAUGCUGAUGCGAGUCGCAAUCGGUAUUCACGGUGAAGACAUCGACGCCGCCAUCAAUACUUACAAUCUACUCUCCGAGAAGUAUUUCACCCACGCCAGCCCCACUCUGUUCUCCGCGGCCACCCCUCGGCCCCAGCUCUCGUCCUGCUUCCUCAUCGCCAUGAAGGACGACAGCAUCGAGGGCAUCUACGACACACUCAAGCAGUGUGCGCUCAUCUCCAAGUCCGCUGGUGGCAUCGGCGUGCACGUGCACUGCAUCAGGGCUAAAGGCACGUACAUCGCCGGCACCAACGGCGUGUCCAACGGACUAGUGCCCAUGUUGAGAGUGUACAAUAACACGGCGCGGUACGUGGACCAGGGCGGCAACAAGCGGCCCGGAGCCUUCGCCAUCUACCUCGAGCCCUGGCACGCUGACAUAUUCGAAUUCCUCGACUUGAGGAAGAACACAGGAAAGGAGGAAGUUCGCGCGCGUGAACUGUUCUAUGCCUUGUGGAUCCCGGACCUCUUCAUGAAGAGGGUCGAGGCCAACCAGAACUGGAGCCUCAUGUGCCCCCACGACAGCCCGGGGCUCGCCGACUGCUGGGGAGAAGAGUUUGAAGCCCUCUAUGAAAAAUAUGAGCAAGAAAAUCGAUUUGUGAAACAGGUGAAAGCGCAAAUUCUCUGGAAAGCUAUCAUUGAGGCACAGGUAGAAACCGGAACGCCUUUCAUGCUUUACAAGGAUUCCUGCAACAGGAAGAGCAAUCAGAAGAAUCUGGGAACUAUCAAAUGCAGCAACCUUUGCACCGAAAUCGUCGAGUACACGUCCAAGGAUGAGGUUGCCGUCUGUAAUUUAGCUUCGGUAGCUUUGAACAUGUUUGUGAACGAAGACAAAACGUACAAUUUCGAAAAAUUGAAGGACGUGACCAAAACCAUUACCGAGAAUUUGAACAAAAUCAUCGACGUGAACUUCUACCCGGUCCCGGAGGCUAGAAACUCCAACAUGAGACACCGACCGAUCGGAAUCGGAGUCCAGGGCUUGGCCGACACUUUUGUUUUGAUGAGGUUGCCGUAUGAGAGUGAAGCCGCAAUUAAACUGAAUCAGCAAAUAUUUGAGACCAUUUACUAUGGAGCCUUGGAGGCUAGUUGUGAGUUGGCGGAGAAGCUCGGAGUGUACGAGACUUACCAAGGAAGUCCGGCUAGCCAAGGCAUACUGCAGUACGAAAUGUGGAAUAAGACUCCCACCGACUUAUGGAACUGGGCUACUCUCAAAGAGAAGAUUGCAAAACAUGGCCUCCGCAAUUCCCUCCUCCUGGCUCCCAUGCCCACAGCUUCAACUGCACAAAUAUUAGGGAACAAUGAAUCUUUUGAGCCGUUCACAUCCAAUAUUUACCAAAGAAGAGUUCUGUCUGGCGAGUUCCAGGUUGUCAACCAUCACCUGCUAAGAGACUUAACCGAGGCGGAUUUGUGGGACGAAGAUAUGAAGAACCUCAUCAUCCACAACAAUGGUUCCAUACAGAACAUAGAAAAUAUUCCUAAAGAAAUACGAGAGUUGUAUAAGACUGUUUGGGAGAUCUCCGUGAAAACCACCAUUCAGAUGGCUGCAGACAGAGGUGCAUUUAUAGAUCAGAGUCAGUCAUUCAAUAUCCACGUGGCCGAGCCGAACUACGGCAAGCUGACGUCUAUUCACUUCUACUCUUGGAAGAUGGGUCUGAAAACUGGCAUGUACUACCUGCGAACCAAGCCGGCCGCGAACGCUAUCCAGUUUACUGUUGAUAAGGCUAAAGCGAAAGCAAGAGUCCCAAACGGAAACACUAAUGGCACUACGAAUGGCAAUGCUGAUAGAGACGAAGCUAACAUGGCGGCAAUCACCUGCUCUUUACAGAACAAAGACGACUGCCUAAGCUGUGGAUCUUAACAACAUAAUCUUGAUAGUUGUAAGUUAUAUUUUGUACCUAAGCUAGAAUUAUGCAUGAAACAAUAAU